AUGGCGACCCAGUUGGGUGCUGCUCCUGCAAGUCAAUAUGGUAUGACACUAGAACAAUGUGCUCGGAAAGUUGAACGAACUGUUGGCGAGUUCGAUUCGUUUAAGGAAGGUGUCGGCAGACUACACUCCAGGGUGCUUCAAUCAGAGGAGGCUUUGAAGAAGAUUGAGUCGAAGACUGAGAAGUAUUCAUCUCGUGAGGCCAACUUUGCGGCCGAGCUCACCAAACUCUUCUCUUUGGAGCAGGAGGUUAAAACCAGGUCUGGCGUCCUCGGUAAAUGGAUGGCAGAUGAGAAAGUUGUCAGGGACCAGUUAUCGAAAGUAUACCGCGAUCUCGAUACGAAGUCUCUAAUGCAGUCAGAUAAGCUGCUGAGCAUGAGUAGCAUACUUCGUGCUGCUUUAAUUGGGGAGGCUGAGUCCAGUAUGUACCAGUGGGCGUACAAUGUGACCAGCAAGGUUAACUAUCACACAACACAAAUAGUCACAUUGGCUCAGAAUUUGGAGUUCCGGAUAACACAAUCGAAGGGUAUGGAAACAGAAGCUCGAAGGUUGAUGACGCUGUAUCGGAAACUUGCGGAUAAGUACGGCGCGCAGAACGACCUCUCAGUUGUUGCGCGAUCGAUUCUCAAGGUGGACGGCAAUAAACUACAAAGUACCACCGUAUCUGAGGCGGUCCAUGAGCUGCAGUCAUUGACCAGCGCGUCUGCUGCUAGCAGCAUCACUGUGUAG